AUGGCCGACCCUGGUCCAGAGGCAGAGAAGGAGUAUCAACUUCCCCCCACCGACCCGGCCACCGCUGCCGCUGUCGACAAUGCGCGCCCCGACCAACCGCUCGAGCAUGAUGGCAAGAAAGAGGAGGAAGACCGCAUUGAGAUCACCGCCUGCAGCAAGCCCUCCGACUCGAGUCAUGUCGGGUCCGACCUGGCUCAGGAUGGAGGAGAUACGCGCCAGGGACUUCAACAUACCAAGAGCUCUGCUACAACAACCAGCGCCAUGUCGAGGACCUACUUCCAGAUUGAGGCUCCUCUCGUGAAGAAAGCCUGGUACGAGAAGAUUAAUCCUUUGAGAUGGGGGGCGAUACCGCCGGUGCCAGAGACGCGCAGCGUGUCCAGGGAAUACAACGCGUCAUUCUUGAGUUUGGUCUACUUCCAGUGGAUAGCACCAUUAAUGAAUGUCGGAUACAGACGACCCAUUCAACAGAAUGACAUCUGGAUCGUGAACCCUGAUCGAUCAGCGGACGUCCUGACCGCGAAGUUGCAGGCUUCUUUCAAGAAGAGGGUGGCACGAGGGGAUCGAUACCCCCUACUGUUCGCGAUGCACGAGACGUUCAAGGUGGAAUUCUGGAUUGGCGGUACCUGUCAGUUCUUUGCCAAUAUCUUCCAAGUUAUGUCUCCGUUCACUCUUCGAUACCUGAUCCAAUUCGCCGAGGACGCCUAUAUUGCACAGACCGAGGGGAAGCCUCCACCAUCGAUUGGAAAAGGACUGGGGCUAGUCUUUGGAAUCACAGCCAUGCAAAUGUGUCAGAGUUUGGGUACGAACCAUUUCAUCUACCGCGGGAUGAUUGUUGGUGGGCAGUCACGAGCUGUCUUAAUCUCGACGAUCUUCGAAAAAGCUAUGAGCAUCUCUGGUCGGGCUAAAGCUGGGGGUCGAGAGAUCAAGGGAACUGAAGUGGCCGAGAAGCAGGAUAAAGGCCAGGCAAAGAAGGAUCCCAGUAAGAGUGGACCAAAGUCUGUACCGGAUGCAGGACGCGGAAUUGCUGGUGACGGGACCGGAUGGGCCAAUGGAAGAAUCGUCAACUUGAUGUCCGUCGAUACAUAUCGGGUGGAUCAAGCAUCCGGAAUGUUCCACUUGAUCUGGACUGCCCCAUUAGCAUGCAUUUUAACACUGGUCCUGCUUCUCAUUAACUUGACAUACAGCGCUCUCGCAGGUUUUGGAUUACUCAUAGUCGGAUUACCCCUCCUGACGAAAGCAGUCAAAACCCUCUUCGCCAGAAGACGAGUAAUUAACAAAAUUACUGAUCAACGAAGCGCUUUUCUCGCCCGAAUAGAGGAAAUUCGAAGCCGCGAAAUCGGCGCUAUUCAGGUUCUGUUGGCAAUUCGAAACGCAAUUAACGCUGUGUCUAUGUCGCUACCGAUCUUCGCGUCUAUGUUGGCAUUUAUCACAUACUCACUAACAAACCACGGUCUAGCGCCGGCUUACAUCUUCUCCUCUCUUGCACUCUUUAACUCGCUGCGGAUGCCUCUCAAUCUGUUACCACUGGUAAUUGGCCAAGUCACCGAUGCUUGGUCGUCCAUAUACCGUAUUCAGGAAUUCCUGUUGAGCGAAGAACAAAAGGAAGACGCUUUCUUCGAUGCGGGUGCUAAAAACGCUGUUGUGAUAGAAAACGCCGACUUCACUUGGGAGCGAACAGUAACGCAGGAUCCGGAUCAGGCCAACCCAAAUGCGAAGAAACAAACAAAAGACGAAAUAAAGGCAGAGAAGAAAUUACAAAAAGAAGCACUCAAAGACCAAAAAACAGCCGCCACGGCUGAAUCCUCUCCGGACGAUCCCUCCUCUGGUGACAGUACAACCGACACCGCAAGCACUCUGACCGAGGAGAUGAAACCAUUUAAACUUCACAAUAUGAACUUCUCAAUUGGUCGGAAUGAGCUGGUCGCCGUUAUUGGCGGUGUUGGAUCUGGAAAGAGUUCUCUUCUAGCAGCACUUGCCGGCGAUAUGCGCAAAACGAGAGGUAAUGUUACGAUGGGUGCGAGUAGAGCAUUCUGUCCGCAAUACGCGUGGAUCCAAAAUGCGACAGUGAAAGAAAACAUUCUUUUCGGCAAGGAAAUGGAUGCAGACUGGUAUAGGCGUGUCAUUGACGCUUGCGCUCUGCAGACUGAUCUCGAGAUGCUACCAAAUGGCGACCUGACGGAAAUUGGAGAGCGAGGUAUCACUGUCUCCGGUGGGCAAAAGCAGAGACUCAAUAUCGCUCGAGCUAUCUACUUCGAUGCUGACCUGAUCAUCAUGGACGACCCACUGUCCGCUGUCGAUGCCCACGUCGGUCGCCAUAUCUUCGAUAAUGCAAUAAUGGGCUUGCUGAAGGACAAGUGCCGAAUUCUGGCGACCCACCAACUUUGGGUUCUCAACCGAUGUGAUAGAAUCAUUUGGAUGGAAGAUGGCAAGAUCCAGGCCAUAGAUACGUUCCAGAACCUUAUGAGGGACCACGCCGGCUUCCAGCUGUUGAUGGAGACGACGGCCGUAGAGGAGAAGCAGGAAACGGAAGGCGAGGGCGAAGAAGACGAGGUCGAGGAGGAGAAGAAGGACAUCAAGAAGAAACAGAAGAAGGGCCCUGCCUUGAUGCAAGCUGAAGAGAGAGCUGUCGACAGUGUGCCCUGGUCUGUCUAUCUCGACUACGUCCGCGCAUCUGGCAGUCUUCUUGUCGCGCCCUUUGUCUUGGCUCUCCUCAUUUUAUCGCAAGGCGCCAAUAUUACAACCAGUCUUUGGCUGAGUUGGUGGACAUCCAAUCGUUGGGGCUACUCUACCGGUACCUAUAUCGGCGUCUACGCUGCACUUGGUGCUGUUCAAGCCCUCUUACUGUUCUUCUUCGCCUUUAGUCUUACGGUAUUCGGCACAAGGGCAAGUAAGAGGAUGCUCGGUCGAGCUAUGAAACGCGCACUUCGAGCGCCCAUGUCAUUCUUUGACACCACUCCCCUUGGCCGAAUUACGAAUCGCUUCUCCCGAGACGUAGAUGUGAUGGAUAAUAAUCUAACAGAUGCCAUGAGGAUGUACUUCUUGACAAUGGCACAGAUCAUAUCCGUUUUCUCUUUGAUCAUCGCAUACUUCCAUUACUUCGCCAUCGCCCUUGGACCCCUCUUCCUACUGUUCCUCUUCGCGGCGGGCUAUUAUCGCGCAUCGGCAAGAGAGAUGAAACGGUUCGAGUCCGUUCUUCGCUCCAACGUCUUUGCUAAAUUCAGCGAGGGGUUAUCGGGGACAGCCAGCAUCCGAGCUUACGGGCUGAAAGAUCAAUUCGUUGCCAAUCUUCGAGCUGCAAUCGAUGAGAUGGACAGUGCCUACUUCCUUACCUUUGCCAAUCAACGUUGGCUAUCAACACGUUUGGAUGCUAUAGGUAAUCUCCUGGUUUUUGUUACGGGUAUUCUGGUUGUUACCUCUCGUUUCGAUGUAUCGCCAUCCAUUGCCGGUCUGGUUCUGAGCUAUAUCCUGUCUAUCGUUCAAAUGAUCCAGUUCACUGUCAGACAACUCGCAGAAGUCGAAAAUGGAAUGAACGCCACGGAACGUCUUCACUACUACGGAACAUCACUUGAAGAGGAGGCGCCACUUCAUACCGUCGAAGUGCGGAAAUCUUGGCCCGAAUCUGGCGAGAUCAUAUUUAACAAUGUUCAAAUGCGCUACCGUGAAAACCUACCUCUUGUGCUAAACGGCUUGUCAAUGCACGUUAAAGGGGGCGAGAGAAUUGGGGUCGUUGGCCGUACAGGCGCUGGAAAAUCCAGUAUCAUGUCAACUCUAUUCCGACUUGUCGAACUUUCAGGAGGUUCAAUUACCAUCGAUGGUCUGGAUAUUAGCACCAUCGGUCUUCACGAUUUACGAUCUCGUUUGGCGAUUAUCCCGCAAGACCCCACCCUAUUCAAAGGUACUAUCCGAAGCAAUCUCGACCCCUUCAACGAGCACACCGAUCUCGAACUCUGGUCCGCCCUUCGCCAGUCCGAUCUCGUCUCCGCGGACGCGAGUCUGGACGAUAAAUCACCCGGACGUAUCCAUCUCGACGGCAUCGUGGAAGAUGAAGGUCUCAACUUCUCGCUGGGCCAGCGGCAACUCAUGGCCCUGGCGCGCGCCCUCGUCCGCGGCUCCCAGAUCAUCAUCUGCGACGAGGCCACCUCGUCCGUCGAUAUGGAGACUGACGAUAAGAUCCAGCAAACUAUCGCUACGGGCUUCAAGGGCAAGACACUACUGUGCAUCGCCCACCGGCUGAAGACCAUCAUCAACUACGACCGCAUCUGCGUCAUGGAUCAAGGCCGCAUUGCGGAGCUGGAUACUCCAUACGCCUUGUACGAACGCGGUGGUCUCUUCAGGAGUAUGUGUGAUAGAGGAGGUAUCCGGAGGGAGGACUUCGAUGUCUAG